UGACGUCACCAAGGUGACACCCACCUUCCCGCUGUCUGCUUGUUCAGACGAGUCACUUCCUCCCGUGUGGGACAUGCUACUCCGCGGGAAGCUGCUCCUCUUCGUUUAAUAAGUCACUUCUGGUGAAGAGUUCUCGGACUUGGUCUCGUCAGGGAGACGCCACGUUUAAAGAUGACCUCCAGAAGUCAAAAUGACUUAUGUCGAAUAUGCGGAGGGAUGCUUCAGGGAAAUCAAAGGCGCUGGCUGUUUGGAGGCCAACACAAGAAGACUGGUCAACCUCAAACCCCCACAAGGUCUCUGCGUGAUGGAAGCCUGUCCAGGUCCUCACUAAGCAGCCCGUGGGGCAGCAUGUCGUCCCUGGGCUCCUCCUCGUCCCUCUCCAAGUCCCAGUUGUCCCUCAACUCCCCCUCCAAGAACAUGGAUCUGCUAGCGAUUCUGACCCACAUCUUGGGCCAGCCUGUGGCGCGCCAUGGCGGGCGGGGGGACUUUGUGUGCGGCAAGUGCCUGUGCGCCCUGGAGCGGGUGUUCAAGUUUGACUCGGUCAUCGCCAGGGUGAAGGUGCUGUCGUCCGAGCGGCUCGACAAGCUGACGCAGGAGCGCGACCGCAUCCGACGCUGGGUCCGCCACAGCUACACCCAGAGGAAUCUGCAGGACCCGCCGAGCCGGGGAAGCACUAGCGAGGACGAAGGCGAGGCGGAGAAGGAGGCGUACCGGGAGAUGCUGAAAGAGAAUAUGGCUCUGUCCGAGUACGAGUGCUGGUCCGAGAAGUGGGACACAUGUCCGUAUUAUAUCCGAACAGGAAAAAGGUGCAGGAAGGGUCAAAACUGUGAAGGCUGUGAUUCGCUGCGGGUGUCCGAUUCGGAUUAUGAGUCAGUUUGUGGCAUUCCUCGCCGCAUGCCUUUCCAGCCGUUCUCUCCGCUGGCCUUGUCCCGGGAUAAAUCCCGCAGCAUGCCCCUCCACUGGCACAGGAUCCCGUCCGUCUGCUCCACUCCAUCCUCCCUGGCGGCGUCUACCCUCUCCCUGAGGGUAUCCUCCCAGGCCGGGUCCAUCCAGUCCCUGGACUCCCUGGACGGCUUCGAUCCGUUUGAUUCACCGGGCGAUCUGUCAGUUGGCCUUGCUCUGAGGGAGCUCAGGUGUUUGGAAGGAAGGCCUGUCAGCUCACCACCUGGGAGCAGGAUUCCUGUCCUGGCCAGGAUGAACAAGAGGAGGCUUUCUAGCGAGGUGAGCAGGACCCUGAGCUUUGGAGACAUGGAGAACGGCGAGCACGAACCCGAAGGCGAGGACAUCCUGACGGAGCUAAAGGAUGAAUUCCUGCCUCUUCAACAACAGAGCAAUAGUCGCAGGGUCCAGCAAGUCGUCAGGCACCUGCGAGGCAAGCUGGACCAGGCGGAGGCCCGCAUCAGAACCCUGGAGGCUGAGUUAAAGCCGAGGUCGGCGGAGGUCAGCGGCACAGAGGAUCGGACGCACUUUCUGCUGGAGGAAAAGGGCACCUCCCUGCUGCCUCACCUGGCCUGUUCCCUGCACAGCCGCGACCGUCUAAUCCAGGAGUGCAUGGCUGUGAUCAGAAAAGUGUGUCUGGAGGGGGGAGGCAGCGGAGGGGUCGCCCUCGCUGACGAAAUCGUCAACAAACUGAGCGAGAACCUGAAAGAAAUCCUCAGUGAGGAGAAGGCUGCCAUGAAGAGUUUGGUAUCUGAAUUGGCUGAGCAGGAAAAGCAUCUGGAGGAAGAUGUAUCCUCACUGAGGAAGGCGGCAGGAGACCGCGAGAGAGACCUUGACACUCUAAACAUGGUGCUGCAGGGCAACCAGGACAUUAUCAACGGUCUUCGUGUGGCUCUGGAUGAAAAGGAGCAUUUCCUGCAGGAGGUGGAGAAGGAGAGGGCGGUGUGGAGGCAGCGGGACAGGGCUCUUGCUGCCACUAUGCAAGAGAAGGAGGCGCUCGUCCACAUCCUCAAGGUGGAGCUAGAGAGCUGUCAGAAAGAUGUUCUGGCUCUGUCUGAUUCUGUGAUUGGCCAAGGCUUGCCAGGGGGCGGAGCUGAGGCGUCCCUGGCUUCACAGCUGAGGGAGAAGCAGAGUCACCUUGCUGCCUUGUUGGCGGAGAGGGAGGGACACAGUGCCACCUUGUGCCAGGAGGUCACCAAGUUCACCGCCGCCCUGCAGGAGUACCAGACCGUCGUUCAGAGUCAGCAGGAGAACCAGACUCAGACCACGUCCUCCCUGACGGCUCAGCUCAAUGACGCCAGACGGUCACUGCAUGAGGAAGAGAAGCGGCGGAGGGAGGCGGACAGAAUGCGACAGAACCAGCAAGAGGACGCCAAGCGAGCCGAGAGAAAACUGAUGGACAGCCUGGAGAAGAGAGACCAACUCUUAGAGCAAAUCCUCCAUGAUGCUGAAGAGCGGGACCGCCAGUUUGUGGAGCUGCAGCACAACUUGCAGAAGAAACGUGACGAGCGCAUGUCGGCCGUCAAACACGCACUGUGACCUCAGGAUGGCUGAGCGGUGCCGGACGUCCACUUAGCACUUUCAGCACCACCUUUUACUGCCAAUAGCGUACUUACUGUAUAGUGGUGGUGUGUAUUUAUGUGUACAGUAGUUCCGCAGCAUUGCACUUAGAGCCAGGUUCAGGUACGACGCACAGGAAACUUGGAACCGUUAGUCAGAUACUGCCAUUAUGGAAACGCUUGAUUUAAAAUAUUAGCACUGAUUACUGUAUGUACAGUCAUUGAUUUUUGAAUGUCAUUGGUCUAAUUAUGGAGGUAGUGAUGGAAUUCUAUAAAGGCUACCUUUUUGAAAUCCCUGUUAAUCAUAUCUUCUAUGAAUGAGCUACUUAUAUCUAGUCUUUUUUUCUUUGCAGUUGUGCACCAAAAUAUCCUUUUUAUGUACUACUUUGGUCCUCUGCUUUUAAUAUUUUUUAAUGUAGUAGGUUGGUGAUUUUGAGCUCAAGAGAAUUAAACACUCUGAUCCAGGUUA